AUGUCUAUGGAAUAUGAUGGACUCGAUCCUAGCCAUUAUGUUUCACUUCCAGCAUAUUCUUGGGAUGCUAUGCUUAAGAUGACAGGAGUUAAAAUCGAGCUCUUUACAGAUAUGGCUAUGCAUGAUUUUAUAGAAAAGGCUAAGCGUGGAGGUAUAGCUAUGGCAUGUAAACGAUAUUUCAAAGCUAACAAUCCUAAGAUGGGUAAAGCAUUUAACCCAUCUAAACCAACAACAUGGAUUCCAUAUGUAGAUGCAACAAAUCUUUAUAGCUGGGCUAUGAGUCAGUAUUUGCCUAUUAGAAAUUAUAAAUGGGAGGUAAGUCGUAAAUAUCUUGAAGAUAAUCCAAAUGAGCAAAAGAAAUAUCUUGAAAAGAUUCUUAAUACUAAAGCAGAUGCAAAAAGAGGAUAUUUUCUAAAUAUUAAGGCGCACUUCCCUCUAAAAACUCACGACUAUUUGAGUAAUUUACCUCCAGCUGUAGAAAACAUGGCUGUAAAUAAAAAUAUGUUGUGUCCCUAUACUACAGAGCUUGUAGAUAACUUGGAUAGUGGACAUUUCUCAGCUACUGAAAAAUUAGUACCCCAUCUUGGUCCACGAGAAGAUUAUGUUAUUCACUACCAAGAGCUUCAAUACUAUGUAAAAUUAGGUAUAAUAGUAGAUGAAGUUACAGAGAUCUUAUCAUUCGAUCAGGAUAAUUGGCUUGCCCCCUAUAUAACUUUUAAUACAAAAAAACGUAAUGAGGCCAAAAAAGCUGGAAAUACAUUUCUAAGUGACUUUUUCAAACUCAAAAAUAAUGCUGUAUAUGGUAAAACUAUGGAGAAUGUUCUAUGCUAG